CUCCGUGCUGGCAGUCCCGUGACGCGCCGCCGCGGCCGCGUCUGAGCCGGCGACUGCCGCCGGCCGCCGAGCCGCUCCAGCCAUGACGCUCUGCAAGACGCCGCUGCUGCCGCUGCGAGUGAUGCUCUUCUCUUUCUACGGAGGGGUGAGCUGCGUGCUGCCGUUCGUGGCGCUGCACAUGUCGACGCUGGGCCUGUCGGCGGCCGAGCUCGGCUGGCUACAGACGGUGCUGCCGCUGGCGGGCUGCGCCGGCCCGCUGCUGGGCGGCGCGCUGGCCGACCGGCUCGGCUCGUACCGGCCGCUGCUGGUGGGCGCGCUGCUGCUCUGCGCCGCCGCCUACCCGUGCCUGAUGCUGGUGCCGGCCGUGCAGCCGCCGCCGCCGGCCGACGCCGAGCUGGAGGCGCUCACCUUCCUCUGCACCGACCAGGGCGGCCUGCUGGCCGCGGCGCGCUGCCAGCAGCCGUGUCGGCUCGGCGACCCGCGACCGCGCCAGUACUACCUGGAGCGGUGCGCGUUCACGUGCCGGCCCGGCGUGCCGCUGCCGUCGGGCCUGCCGCACCUCUGCCUCACCUCGGGCGAGAACACCGUGUGCGAGCUGGUGGCCGACGUCGGCGACGGCCUGGUGGUGAACGGCUCGGUGCCGCGCCUGCUGGAGCAGCCUGACGAGCGGCGCCAGUGCAGCUACCCGCUGGUGGACCUGGCGCGCGGCCACCAGACGUUCGACGCGCUGACGUGCCGCGCGCCGCCGCAGUGCCACGUCAGCUGCCACGCGCGCCAGCUGAGCGUGGGCGCGCCGCCGCUGUGGGCGGCCGGCCGGUGUCGGCGGCCGCCGCCCGACGGCCGGCUCACCUUCUGGCUGUACUUUGGCCUGCGCGCCGUCACCGAGCUGUGCCUGCCGCUGGCACUGGUGCUGGUGAACACCAGCGCGCUGGCGCUCUGCCGCCGGCACGGCUCCGACUACGGCUGGGAGGCCGCCUGCGGCCUGCUCGGACUCGUGACGUUCGCGCCCAUCUGCGGCUACCUGAUCGACGUGCACGAGAAGCUCUUCAAAUACCUUGACUUCAGGCCCAGUUUCUACGUGUUCUGCGCGCUGAUGCUCAUCUGCGUGAUCCUAGCCUCGGUGGUGCCGGUGCCUCCGGCGCCGACCGGCCGGCGCGACUACCUGCGCCCGCUCGCCAAAAGCCUGUGCAACCUCGAGUUUUUCAGCGUUCUGUGCGUGCUGAUGCUCCUCGGCACGCUGUGGGGUUUCCUGGAGGCGUACCUGUACGAUCACGUGAGCGCGCUGGGCGGCUCUCAGCUGCAGAACGGUCUGAGCCUGGCGGCGGGCACGGCGCUGCUGCUGCCCUUCCUGGCCAGGGCCGAGCCGCUCAUCAACUACUGCGGCCACCACCACAUCUUCAUCAUCGCGCUCAUCAUAUACAUCGUCCGAUACGUCAGCUAUGCGUACAUCCUGGUUCCGUGGCUGUUUCUGGUGGCCGAGUCGCUGGAGAUGUUCACCGUGCACCUGGCCUGGCUGGCAGCAGUGCUGUUCGCUGCCAGCCAGAGCCGGCCCGCCACCGAGGCCACCGCGCAGGCCGUCAUCACAGUGGCCCACUUCGGCGUCGGUCGCGGUCUGGGCGCCGGCGUGGCGCUCCACCUGCUGCCGCACUACUCGGGUGAGGCGCUGCUCUGCAUGGGCUCCGUGGUGGCAGCCGGCGGCGCUGUGCUCUACAUGCUGCUCUACUACUGCUGCCGGGCGCUGCGGCCCCACCGCCCACCGUACGGACGACACAAGCGCGAAAUGUACAGCAGCAACGGUGCUAUGUUGAACGGCACAUACGCGCCGCUGAAGUCUCGCCACAACGGCAUCUGAGCCAGCGCCAACGGGGCCGGUCACAGCGGCUCCAGCGGGGCCGGCCACAGAGACCGGUCACAGCGGCUCCAGCGGGGCCGGUCACAGCGGCUCCAGCGGGGCCGGUCACAGCGGCUCCAGCGGGGCCGGUCACAGCGGCUCCAGCGGGGCCGGCCACAGAGACCGGUCACAGCGGCUCCAGCGGGGCCGGCCACAGAGACCGGUCACAGCGGCUCCAGCGGGGCCGGUCACAGCGGCUCCAGCGGGGCCGGUCACAGCGGCUCCAGCGGGGCCGGUCACAGCGGCUCCAGCGGGGCCGGUCACAGCGGCUCCAGCGGGGCCGGCCACAGAGACCGGUCACAGCGGCUCCAGCGGGGCCGGCCACAGAGACCGGUCACAGCGGCUCCAGCGGGGCCGGUCACAGCGGCUCCAGCGGGGCCGGUCACAGCGGCUCCAGCGGGGCCGGUCACAGCGGCUCCAGCGGGGCCGGUCACAGCGGCUCCAGCGGGGCCGGUCACAGCGGCUCCAGCGGGGCCGGCCACAGAGACCGGUCACAGCGGCUCCAGCGGGGAUGAAGACAGCGGCUCCACUGAGGCCGGAGACAGCCGCCGAUUUAACCCGACUCGACUCGGGAUGUCGCCGCAGCCGCACAUCUGUGACAAUAUCGACGUCAGGACGGCCCACAACAGAACGGAAACAUUCCACGCCUGAAAAAAAAAAAUGGUGCAUUGGCUCACUGGGCUGCAGGGCAUAAAAUGCUGGAGUGAUUCACUGCAGCCACCGUAGCGUCCUCUGUGCGGGUGGACUCCUCCAGUGAACUGUGGUGUCGUGACGGACUCCUCCAGUGAACUGUGGUGUCGUGACAGUCUCCUCCAGUGGACUGUGGUGUCGUGACGGACUCCUCCAGUGGACUGUGGUGUCGUGACGGACUCAUCCAGUGAACUGUGGUGUCGUGACGGACUCCUCCAGUGGACUGUGGAGUCGUGACUGACGGACUCCUCCAGUGGACUGAGGUGUCGUGACGGACUCCUCCAGUGGACUGUGGUGUCGUGACGGACUCCUCCAGUGGACUGUGGUGUCGUGACUGACGGACUCCUCCAGUGGACUGUGGUGUCGUGACUGAGGGACUCCUCCAGUGGACUGUGGUGUCGUGACGGACUCCUCCAGUGGACUGUGGUGUCGUGACGGACUCCUCCAGUGGACUGUGGUGUCGUGACUGACGGACUCCUCCAGUGAACUGUGGUGUCGUGAGGGAUUCCUCCAGUUGACUGUGGUGUCGUGACGGACUCCUCCAGUGGACUGUGGUGUCGUGACUGACGGACUCCUCCAGUGGACUGUGGUGUCGUGACUGACUGACUCCUCCAGUGGACUGGGUGUCGUGACUGACGGACUCCUCCAGUGGACUGUGGUGUCGUGACGGACUCCUCCACUCUCCAGUGGACUGUGGUGUCGUGACUGACGGACUCCUCCAGUGAACUGUGGUGUCGUGACUGAGGGACUCCUCCAGUGGACUGUGGUGUCGUGACGGACUCCUCCAGUGGACUGUGGUGUCGUGACGGACUCCUCCAGUGGACUGUGGUGUCGUGACGGACUCCUCCAGUGGACUGUGGUGUCGUGACGGACUCCUCCAGUGGACGGCGAUGCCGUGACUGUCGUGACCGCACGGCUCGGGCUCCCGGCGGACCUAGAAGUGGUGUUUGGUGUCGUGGCGGCGCCUUAGACUGCCUAAUCUGACCGGCGAGGACCUGCGGGCCGUGAGAGCACUGCAUUCCGCGUGCUGACUGCAGUACCCGGCCAGAACGCAACCCCGAGGAGUCCGGCCUGCCGAGAUGUGCCGGGGGAAGUAGCACGGCGACCAGCGAGCGUGCCGGGCGCUGUGGGCCACAGUCGCUCCUGGACAGAGCCAAUGGUCGGCCCCCUGGCGGCGGACGGGCAGACGGUGUUUUCCGCAGCGGCCGCCAGAGGCGCUGUGGUGACGCGCGCCCCGUGAUAUGCCCUGGGUCGACUGUUGCCUGUUACGCAGCGAUGUGCGGGUGCUUGGAGAAGGAAUUUCAGUUUCGUUUUGUAUCUGUUGUGAGCGCGUGUUCUCUGCAAGAGUCCGAUGGCGUCAUUAAGUGUCGCGCAGCCUGCAUGCGCAGGUCUCGUCGUACCUACUCGGCGGUAGGUACCUCCUUUUUCAACAAAACCGAAAAUAGCUCGAAAACAGUUGAAGAGAAUAGUUCACUUUCCCGAAAUUAGUCUUUUGCAAUGGAUUAGUUAUUUUUUAUGCUCAAAAUGAUCAGC